AUGAGUGCACGUCCAGUUACUCCUCCUCCACGUCAGGACAAUGAUAUCCUUCAAAGCAUACAGCUUACUCCCGAGCAAGUCAAAAGGCUGACACGAACCACAGCAAAGGCACGUCAACGCGAACGCGAACAAGCCGCUACAGCUAGUUCUUCCUCUAGCAGCACAACUAAUGCGAAUAACAAACGUCCAUUAGGAGUAAUACCUGCGUCGUCAACGUCUCCAACAGGAGCACCGAAACCGAAACCUAAAGAUCGGCCCCUUCAGAGAGAUGCGCGGUUGGGGAAGUACUUUGACUAUGAUUUGUCCAAGAUGGUGAAUUCGAAGGGAGGGUUCCUUGUUGAUGAUGAGAAGGAGGUAACGGAGGAUGCGCGUAUUAAGGAAAGAGAGAGGGAGAGGGAGCGGGCGAUGCAGAAUUUGGAACCGGCUAUGUCACUGGAUCCGACGAAGAAUCCGAAAUGCGAAGAGUGCGGAUCGAUCUACAUUGACCAGACAUUCAGGAAAGUCCUUCGAUGUCUCGUCUGUAACAAGUGCAAAGAAGAGAAGCCUGAGAAAUAUAGUUUAUUGACCAAGACCGAGUGCAAGGAGGAUUAUCUCUUAACAGACGCGGAACUCCGAGACGAAGAGCUCAUGCCACACCUGCUAAAAGCAAAUCCGCACAAAGCAACAUACCACAACAUGAUGCUCUUCCUACGAUGUCAAGUCGAGGAUUUCGCGUGGAAGAAAUGGGGAUCACCCGAAGCGUUAGACGCAGAGUUCGAGCGCCGACAAGAAGAGAAGAAGAAAAAGAAAGCGAAGAAGUUCGAGGAGGGACUUCGGGAGCUUCGACGACGGACUCGAGAGAGUGUUUGGCAGAGACGAAAGGAUGAGGAACAUAAACAUGUAUUUGGUGCUGUGGAAAGAGGGAAUAAUGGGGAAGGAAGACAGAGUAUCUCUUUGUUGGAUGGAUUGAUACUUGGAUGUAUAUUAAUGAAGCAUGCUGUGCUCACUCCUGAAUAUACCUUUAACCCUGAUUCGGAUAUUAGGCAGACUAUGAGCGCUCACGGCGAACUUGCACAUCUGGAGUUGACCUCCUCCCUCAUGCCGAGUCCACUGGAGUCAGUCGAAAGGGAAGUUGUUACUGACGCUAUAGGCAUCGAGAGAUCCUCAAAGAACACCUUCUACUCGAAGUCAUUAUGGACGCCACAUGGUCAUCCCAGUGUGUAUGGUGGGCAGAUGAUGGGUCAAGCCGUUCAUGCUGCAUCGUUGUACGAUGAUCAGUCAUUUCAGUUGCAUUGUUAUUUCCUUCACGGUACAACCGACACAGUACCAAUUACAUACCAGGUUUCGAGACUGAAGCAAGGCCGAUCGUUCACCUCGUACCUCGUAAAGGCGACGCAGGACGUAAAGCCUUGUAUGCUCUUGAUGUGCUCGUUCCAGAAACCAGUGCCACAUAGCUCGUUGCCAUUGACUCAGUGGCCUGUGCCUGAAGACGUUCCGCCACCAGAGACACUCGAGCUUGAUGGGGAGUAUUAUCUUAGAUUGAGUAAGGAUGCGAAUCCGGAGAUGAAACCGAUUUUGCUCGGCAUUGCACUAGAUAGAGCACGAAUCUCGAUAAUUUUGACGGUGGCUGUCGACCGAGUUGGCACGGACGGCUGUUUCACGACUCUACGAUGGAUGAAGGCUGUUGGUGCUGCUGGUUGCGACCUCGCCACUCAAAAGUGUAUUCUGGCGUAUAUGUCCGACUUUGACUUCAUUGGAGUAGCACCUAAGGCUCUCCGAUUGAAACGACUGGGGCGAGGACCGGGAAACGUAAAAACGAUUGUAUGCCAUUUCAAUAUCAAAAUUCACCCAAAUGGAACUGAUUUGGUUUUGCCCGGUAUGGAUCCUUAUUCUCAAUUCCCGUUCGACUUUCUGAAAUAUCCUCUGCCUUCAUUGCGUAGUGAUGACCUUGCUCGGAUUGGCUCCUAUUUGUCGUGCGAGACAAGUCAUCAGCAUUAUCUCGGUCCCGUUGAACUGACUCAGGAUUAUAGACUUCGGCUCCGUGUGCUGGCUCCGAGAGAGGCUUGGUGCUUGGAAAGACAGGCUAAAUCCGUGUUCUUUCGAAUACAUAAGUUUUACACGAGAGAUGGGAAGAUGCUUGCUGUAGCAAUGCAGGAAGGCGUAAUACAGGCAUAUGGUAAUGUAGACACAGGGGAUAUCGUGCGCAGUAAAUUAUGA